AUGAGUCCUCAACCUCUUGUCACUCGUGAAGAUACUCACCGUCGCCCAUAUGGUCCUCGGUCGCGAAAUGGCUGUUUGACGUGUAAACGUCGCAAGGUUAGGUGUAAUGAACGAAGACCUCGCUGUUAUCAUUGCCAACGUCUGAAUCUGGAAUGUGAUUGGAAAGUCAAUGAGCCAUGCCGACAACCUCCCUCGCAGAAUGAUGUGGAUGCUUUCAAGUCAAAUGUCGCUUUGGAGGUCAACCAGCUAUCUCCUUCGCCUCAGCUCUUUGACUUUCAAUCCAUGACAGCUCCAACAGAGGGCUUUCACAUGUUCCAAAAUGUUUACUUCCCAGACUUUGGUGAUUUUACCGCCUUGGGAAACACUUCAUAUGAGCAAGCGCGAUCUAGCGACGCCGGUUCCCCAACUUCGCCUCUCCCUCCACGACAGUCACCAAAAGAAUCCCCAAACGCGAAUCCGGAUAUCGAAGGCGCGCUACACUUACACCUCCCACCAAUUCUGGAUCCGGUUGAGAAUGGCCCAAGAUGCGCUUCUGCGCGGGAACUGCUUGAAAGCAUGGCAACCUCUUCCCCGAUGCUCCGCUCUUCGAUCACAGCCUUCGAAGCAAUACAGUCCGGAGGUGCAGGCGGGAAAGUGGAUUACCAACAACACUAUGAUAAUGCUGCGGCAGAUUUGUCGCAAAAGUUUGAAAAAUCUGCUGGGGAAAUUAUAAUCAGCAACGAUGAACUCAGAUACGUUCUGGCUACUAUUUUCUUUCUGACGUACAUAAAUUUCCUUACUGCACGGUUGGAUUUGGCCUAUUUGAAUCUUGGAAAGGCACAUAGCGCGCUGCAAGCAUCAGAGAGAAAUAGCUUGGGCUCCACGGGUGUCGGUAUUAGAGCUACGAAUUAUCUCCUGGAUUCGUUUGUUAGAUGCCCGCGCGGCAUCGGCUGGGGGGAAGGGGUCUUGGUCAAUGACACAUCUGGAAUCUAUACCUCGCCCCAAAACUCGACCUCUCCUAGCUCAACGCCUCAAAGCAUAGGCUCUGCCAGUAAUCCUGGAGCCCAUGAGGUGAUUUAUGAUCUGCUAUGCCAGCCAGGAAUAGCUUUCUUCCAGGAAGUCCAGACUAUCACCGGCCGCAUCACUAGAAUCGCUCAUAACCACCGCAGCCGAGGGAGCGUGGAGGACGAGACUGAAGUAAUGGCUAUCGCAGCUGAUAUUCUGAUGGAUCUGUCAUCUUUGUAUGACCGGAGACCACCACUGACAGACCAUGCUGUGGCUGGAAAUAUCGGCAGUGAUACUUUGGCCGAGCCGCUCGCAUCCACUAUUGUUCGCUCAUUCCAGACGUACCUUGCUAACUUUUACGCCUGCUACAUUCACCUACAUCGAGUUGCACACCGUCAUCUAGUUCGUUCUAAGGCAGCAGUGACAGCGCUCUCCAAAAUCAAGGAAAUAGUGCAUUGCAUGGUCAACAAUCAGGAACCUAUACCGGUCAAUAUGUUGUGGCCAUUAUUUCUGUGGGGUACUGAAGAAGAUGACUAUAACGAAUUUCAAUGGAUUCUUGAAACCAUUCGUGGGCUUCAACAUGUCUUCACCAAUGCGAAUAUGACGGCCGACGUACUACAAGAAACCCAAAGAAGACAACGUGAAGGAGGAAAGCGCGUCGACAUUCGUUCUGUAUGUUUAGAGUUAUUUUAUACCACUUUCGCUAUUGUUUAA